GGAAUGAUUUAUAUGUUUAUUUGUGGGAUACGCUAUCAAACAAGAUAUUGAACAGGAUUAACGUAAAUGACAAAAUAAAUGUAAUAAGAUUAAGUACGAAUGAAAAAUUACUCUUCUGCAGUAAAAAUGAUGCCGUUAAUAUUUAUGACUUUAGAGAAAGGGAUUUCAAAAAAAAAAAUAAUCCAUUACAAAUAUUUAAUGAAGCAAAAGAUUGGAUAUCAGAUUUUAUUGUUGACGAUUUUGAAGUAUACACGUGCAGCAUCGAUAAUAUACUUAGAAUUUACGACUUAAGGAUGGGGAAAUUAAUGAGUUAUGAUAUGAAAUCAUCAAUUUUAAGUAUUGACAUAACAAAUGACAAGAAUUAUUUUUGUGUCAAUUUGAUAGACAAUACUAUAAAACUCGUGGAGAAAAAUAGUGGAACCGUUCUAGGGUUAUAUAAAGGAGAUAUAAAUAACAAACAUAAAAGAAAUAUCAAGUUGGAUACCAAAAAUAAAUAUAUUUUUUCUUGUUCACAUAAAAACGAAAUAGUAGUUUACGAUAUUGUCAGAAGUAAUACAAUUAACAACACGAUUUUUUAUGAAAAUUUAGAGUAUGAAGAAGAUCUUGACAUUUAUAAAAAUACUUAUUUUCAAUUAAAUAUAGGUAAACCAACCUACUAUUUAAAUGUUAAUAAAAAUAUUCUCCCAGAAAAUUCAUAUAUCGAUAGAGAAAAAUAUAAAUCUAUUUUAAAUAAAUACAAAUACUAUGGAAAAAAAAAAAAAGAUAUUGAUUCUUCAGAUAAAGAUUUUCAAAAUAUUAAUAAUAAAUUGGUAUGUGGUGACAUAGAUGGUAACAUACAUAUAUUGCAGUUAUAUUACACGUAG